AUGUCGAUCGCGGAGAAAAUUGAGAUCACAUUGCCGACGUCUCAUUGUCGAUUCUCUCUCGUUUCGUUGAUUUCCAAUUGACAUUUUCAUUUCAUAUUAUCGUUCCUCGUUCCUUUGUGAUAUUUCGUUCUGAUAUUGUGCAGUGAACAGAGAGAACUAAAUGAAUAACGAAGGACAUCGAAAUCCAGCGUUCUCCAUGGACGAAACGGGGAAAACGAAAUCACACGAGGGCCCAAGGGAAUCGAUCGUCAGAUGUCCGGAAACCGUGAAAGAAACGGAAGCAAGAAGCACAUGGGACAACCAAAUAGAGUUCUUAAUGUCCUGUAUCGCGAUAUCGAUAGGUUUCGGUAAUAUUUGGAGGUUCCCUUUCACUGCCUAUGAAAAUGGCGGUGGUGUUUUCUUAAUACCCUACAUCAUCGUUCUUUUCGUCGUUGGCAAACCAUUUUAUUACCUGGAGGUGAUCCUUGGACAGUUCUCUUCGUCCUCGUCGAUCAAAAUCUGGAAUAUUUCGCCUGCGUUUGGUGGUGUUGGAUGGUCGCAAUUCUGCUCGAACGUGGCAGUGAUGACAUAUUACAGCUCAUUGAUGGCUCUCACGCUCUUCUUUUUAAUCGCGUCAUUCUCAGCGGAAUUACCCUGGGCGAAGUGCAGAGAAGAAUGGGCUGAUUAUUGCGUCGAUUCCAGCCAAAAGAUCGAUAGCGAAUCGGUCAAUGUUAGCAUGUUUACUAAAUUAUUACACGAGAAGGAACGCAGAAGUUCCGCGGAACUCUACUUCCUGAAAGUGGUUCUCCAAGAGAAAGAUAGUAUCGACGAUGGAGUUGGACUGCCGGAUUGGAAAUUAACGUUAUGUCUCCUAUUUAGCUGGCUUUGCGUUAUCCUAAUAACGUUCCAGGGCGUGAAAAGUUCAGGAAAAGCUUCGUAUUUUCUAGCCAUUUUCCCAUAUAUCAUCUUAUUGAGCCUUCUGAUCAGAGCAGUGACCUUGGAAGGCGCUGGAACUGGGAUUCUCUUCUUUCUUACUCCGAAAUGGUCGAAACUCUUAGAGCCAAGCGUUUGGUACGCGGCUGUCACACAAUGUUUCUUCUCCCUUUCCGUCUGCUUCGGCUCUAUUAUCACUUAUUCGUCGCACAACGACUUCAAACAUAACGUGUACAGAGACGCGCUCAUAGUAACUAGUGUCGACACUUUAACGAGUUUUAUAGCGGGGUGCACGAUCUUUGGGAUUUUGGGAAAUCUGGCUCAUGAAAUGGGUAUGGAGGAUAUCGACAAUGUAGUGAAAUCUGGAGCUGGCCUGGCGUUCAUCUCUUAUCCUGAUGCCAUUGCAAAGUUCACCUUUGUACCUCAAUUCUUCGCGGUUCUGUUUUUCGUGAUGAUGUUUGUCCUCGGCGUGGGAAGCAUCGUAGGGAUGGUGUCAGGAGUAGUAACUUGCUUGAAAGAAAAGCUUCCAAACAUGGAAAUCUGGAAAAUCGUGCUUUCCGUCUGUUCAAUGGGAUUUGCUGUGAGCACAGUUUACGUUACUCCGGGUGGACAGUUUGUAUUGACCUUGGUCGAUUACUAUGGUACAUCGUUCGUCGUGUUCAUCUUGGCUUCUUUCGAAAUCACUGCCGUAACAUGGGUAUACGGUAUCGAAAAUUUCCUAGACGACAUCGAAUUUAUGCUGGACAGAAAAGCAAGUAGUUACUGGAGGAUUUGUUGGUUCCUCUUGACACCGUUAAUUUUGAUACUGAUUUUCUUUUACACUGUCGUCACUCUUUCUCCCUUGACUUACGGCGGCAGAGGAUAUCCUGCUACGGCUCACGCGGCUGGUACAGUCAUACUGUGCUUCAGCAUUCUUCAAAUACCAUUCUGGAUGAUCGUGGAGAUACUGAGAAACAGGAACUUGCCAUUAUUAAAGAAUUUAAGGAAAUCUUUUCUGUCAACAUCGAAGUGGGGACCGAUAGAAACCAAUUACAGAAAAGCUUGGCUUCGCUUCAAAGAGGAGAAACUAAAAGAGAGAAACGCCAGGACAGAGCCAAGAUGGCUUCAAUUGAUAUACACUUUAAUUUGUAAGAACGACAGAAAAGAUUAGAUAG